AUUAAAUCUUGUUUCAAAAUCAAAAUGAUUAAUUUUCGUUUAAUUUGUAUUGUAAUUGCCUUUUUCGCUAUUAUUGCAGUGUUCGAAAAAGUUUUAUCAACUUUAAUGUACAUAUGUAUGAAGCAAAUAUAUGGUUAUUUUUGUCCAUCUUCUUCAGGAAUUAAAAAGACAAAAUAAUGUGGCUCCUGUGAACAGACUGCAUUUCCUGUCCAACACCCACGGUGGUCCGUGUGCCAAGGUGCCGAUUAUGUCUCUGAGAGAUUCUCGUCGUGCAACUCAAGCUGAGGAAACAGAUGAUGUUUUUCCAGUCCGAGACAUUGAAACAAAUAGUUCGAAUGCUUACAUACUACCGAGCAAAUUACAGUUACUAAGAAUAAAUAACAAGCCUGGGAAAAAUGACACCUAUUUAGAUUUUGAAGAAAUGAGUAUUCCUGAGAUGAGUAGAAAAUUGUAUGACUUAAUUUGCAUAUGGUACAAAGAAGCUUGUUAUGAAGCCAAUUAUGUUAUUCAUGAUGUAAAGAAAUCCUGGAUUGCAACAACCGGAAAUUAUACUAAGAAAACUCAAGUAAUUAGCAGAUUACUCAUGUUCUAUUCGAUAAUUUUGGCCCUUUAUGUAAUUAAAUCUUGCCUAUGGAUUAAUCAAACAUUACUUCAAGGAUUAUAUAUCACACUAAUAAAAUCUAAAAAGAACACGCAAAUGCUGAUCGGAUUGGGAAUCGUGUUUUCGCUGAUAGUCAUGGCGUACGUAAUUGGUGCACCUUACUGCCCGGAACUUGCGACAAGUACCGACCCAUGAUCAGUGCAACCCACUGUUGAACUUAAAGAAGACUCAAUAAAUCUGUCUCGACACGAUGCGAUAUCGCUCUUAUUUAUUGUUCGGUAAAUGUUGAAAUCCAAUAUAUAUAUUUUCAUGGCUAUGGCCACGAAAAUAAAUCGCGAAAACGUGCGCUUCCCUUUCCACACUAACUCGAUCCCCUCCCCAUUCUCGUCUUUCUUUUUUUCUUCAAAACUAAUAUUUUACCACUCCAUAUAUUUAUCGAGAAGGUGAGAAAGAAAAUGAUUGAGAAAUAAUUUUUCUUUUUAUUUUCAAUUAUUAUUUUAAAAGAUUUUUUAGAUUACAAGAUUACUAUACCGAAAAUAAAGAAAAUGUUUAUAAUUCAAGUAGACAA